AUGGGAUCCAAAUCGAAGGAAGACGCGAGGAACAGGGAGAAGGACGGUGCCAGUCCCGGGUUAGCCCGUCAUCUUCUUCCUUUCUGUCCCGAUCCAGCGUUCUUUGCUGCCUCGGGCCUCGUCUGACGUCGUUGUGGUUUUGUUUGCCAUUUGCCAGGAAGAUAUUUGUCGGGGGGCUCGCGAAGGACACUAGCCUUGGUUAGUUUUUUAGUCUUCUGCAUUGGGCGUUAUCUGUUUAGUUAUAGUUUGAUAUAGCAUCUUUUGUACCGUGUUCCAAGAUUGUACGUCUAUCUUCGUGAUUGCUUGGAUGGUUUUCGUCUGGUUCUGGGAAUGCUCGGUUUUAGUUUUUCGGGCUAUGGACUUAUUAGGAUUUCAUUCGCGUGGUUUAACAGCAAGUGAAAGUUUUUUCUUUGUGUUGUAAGUUUUUAGAUGCGAUUGAAUUCGAUUGAUCGGUUUGUAGUUCGCAAUUCUAUUUUGAGAAUUUUUGUCUAGAUUACCGUCAUCUGUUAUGUAAUAGCAACUUUAGAGGCCUACCGUUUAAGCGCUUUCUUAUUGUGCUCACGAAGAUCUCCAGAUUUUUGGCUAACCUUUCCAGCUUAUUUGUAUUCGUUUUGUUAAUCAGAGAUCUCCUCACAGUUGUAACUUAUCUACACCUUUUUCCUCUCCUACUGUGGUUUUGUGCUCGAAAUUUUGUUUUUUUUCUCGAUCUAUUAAUGAUUAGUCAUCUGGCAGUGUUUAAAACAUGCUGUUUCAUUUUUUUGCUACAUUACUAACAGCCCUCAAGUUCCGAUUAUGAACCUAUGGUUCGUGUGGAAAUCAGUGGCAACAAUUUAACGCUUGAAGACAGCACGUUGAUCAUCGGUUUUAGUUAGCUUUUAGGUUUUUAUGAUUUCCAGGAAUCAAUAGGUUGUACCAACCGGUAGACCUCUGCUUUAAACACCACUUUAUGUUUUAGUUUAAAAAGUAGCUUCACACUGAAGGUAUUGCUUUCGUUUAUGAAAAAAAUGUCAUCUUGCUAGAGAGAUUUACCAAUCACAAAAAGGAUACCAUGGAACCAAAAAUGAUAUGAUUGAACUCAAACCACUGGUGAGCAAAGAAACGGAAGCUUCUUCUGAGCUUCACGUUCGGUGAUAUUGUAAAGGCUCUCAACAUUUUUAGGGAUCCCAGAACCCUAAGACAUUUGAUUAGGUUCUGGUGAUAUGCCUUGGAUGUGCUUAUCAGAUGGCGGAAGUCUUCUCUUCUUUCUUCUCCCACUCUAUUACCUGCAAGUGCGCUGGUCAAGAAUACGGCCUUUGUAGAAUCUUGAUGAUUCCUUUGUGGCCAUUGAUUCAAAUUCGCAGAAAAUACAGUUGGUAGUUCUCAGAAACGUGAAGUUUUGAAUUCUUCCAUUCUAUGUUCUCGAUUCCCUUGAUAGCAAUCAUUGUAACCAAAUUAGUAAACGCUUUUCAAAGAGUUCUGGUAGAUAAAAGGGUGAUUACCCUAAUCUGGGUGCUCAAAGUUGGGACCAUAAUUUUUUUAAAUUCUUUCUUUAGUCUCCUCGUAUUGCAAAAGGUAGCAGAAAAUGGAUAAUUUCGAAAACCUGUAUCACAUUCUAUGGGUAUGUUGAUUUCAUUCUGACAAGAAAAACGCACAUCUAUUGCAAAUUUAAGGAGAUAAAUGUUUAUUCUAAACUAGACGUUCAUCUAGUUUAUUUGAUCUAUAAUCAGGCAAUUCAUUUUGCUUAUAUUACGGCUCUUUAGGCAUGUGUUGCAUUUAGAACCAUCUUUUCCGAUGUGCAACCCUUACACCCAAAACUGCUGAAAUAUUCACAGAAUACAUACUUCCCUUUCUACCCACCUGCUGUGGCCUCCCAAUUGUCGGAAUAUAGAUUCCUGUUGAUUCUUUGAUAUCUACUGUUGACAUUGACGUCUGUAACAACUCACAUUUCGCUGCUUCUAAAAUCGUAAACUCCGAUCUGGUCUCUUAUCUUUUUUCGCUUCAGAAGAAUGGCAGAUAUUAGGAAUAGUAGGUAGACUGCUAAGUUGCAGUAAUCUCCUCAUGGAUCAUUCUCUUGACUUGUGAGGACGCAGCCUCUUUGGCUCUUCUAGUAUAAUAGAGGUUUUUCCUCAUUCUCCUGUCUUCAAUCACAUGGAAGUAGUCCUCUAAAGCCUCCACGGGUCAGAUGCCUCCCUUCAACGCUGUCCUUACAUUGUCUCCAGCAUAGCCAACUUUCUGUUCCUAUGCCACUAAUCUUUGUAUACUCUCUGACGAACACGAUACGAAGGGAGCAACCUGUCCGGAGAAUUUCGGGUUGGGUACAUUUUUCUUUUUCCCCGGUAGGAGGGGGGGUUUGGAUUGGGGACUUCUGUCUUGGAGAAAAGAGAAAACUGGCGUGCUUCCUCUCGACCCAUAAUCGGUUCAUACUCUUGUCUUGAUUGUGUUGGAUACAAGAUGAAGAUAUUUAAGGUAGCCUGUUUGGAUUGUGCAUUAUCUGAUUUUUUAAUCAGAUGAAGACUCUUGGCGUGCUGAUCGAUGUAUCUGGAUUGAUCUAGUUCGUUUCAUCUCUACUAACUCUGUCUGUAUUGGUGCUUCGUUGGAACUCAAAGAGAUCCUAAGACAUCUAUUUAAUUUUUUCAAUGUGUCCUGAUUAAAUCCUUGUCUAGUCUGAACAUGCAAUCAGUCUACUAGUUUAUUGAUGAUAGAAUACUAGAUUUGGUUCUUGUUGUGGGGCUGAGGACUAGACUGGCGUUUUGGGUUCUUUCUAGUGUCACUCAGUCCUCGUUGUGUGGAGUCCCACCUGAGAUGGUGUCGUCCCUCUGGUACUCACCAAGUCCUAAAUAGCUUUCCUGCAGUUCUGAUCUUCUUUGAAGUCGUUUCAGCUUAUUUUAGAAGGAAUAGUGCCGGAGUCCAGUUUAAUGGGAUUUCAAAACUUUAAUUCCUCUAGAAAGUCUGAGUGUCCAGAUGUUUAAGGAGAUUCUGAUCGGUCAGCACCACAGUUCAAUAUUUUAUGGGCGAAGUAAUAGCAGUAGUCUGUGGGUCUCAACACUGGAACAAUAGAGGGACUUGAAAAACAGAGAGUAAAUUAUCACAGUUUGUAUUCUUUUAUCCGCUGAGAUCAUGUACCACCCUUGCGUUUUAGCUUUCACUUCGCCUUAGUUAUCCAUUCAUCUCUAUGGACUGUAAAGUGUCUUUUUAGUUACCAUGCCUUUUCCCCCUAUUAUCGUGUUUCCUACUUCUGUGGCUAACAUCAUCGUACUUAAGACACUCUUAUGGCAUUUUUGUAUCCCGAUGCCAAUGACAUCUUGUCAGAAAACAUUGGUUUUUCACUCGUUAGGUUCAUGGUAGCCAGCGGAACUUGGUGGAUUUUACCCCAGUCUCUAUAUUCUGAAUGCUCCUGAAGCUGAUCAGAUUUCAAAUCGAUUUGUGUCCACUCCUUUUUCCUUUCUCUUCUAUCCCUUGCACUCGAUCCCUAGACAACAGGGCAGUAGCUGUGUCUGUCAGCAUUCCAGUGAAGUAUAGGGUAUCAAAUCCUUUCAUCAUGUAAUUCAUUAGAUGAUUCUUUGCUAACCCUGCAACAUGGCCACUUAGGUUCUUAUACUUCAAACUUUGAUCUCCUCCCUAUUGUCACAAGAUCGACAAAAUAGGUUACUCAAUGUCUGUUUUAUGUGGAGAGACAUUUGAUCGUUUGCUUUUUGUCCGAGAGCCUGAUGACAAACUGGACAAUUAGGUGCAAUAAUAUAAUAAGCAUGCAAGAGAGAUUGUCGCAAUCUCCUUUACUGACCUGUAUGGAACCCUGUGAUCAUUCAGGAAUGAAAACUGUUUAUCAUAGAAAAUUAUUUUAUGGAUGGAGUGUUUUCUGGACUUUUUGCUACUGCAUACUUGAUUCAUUGCAUAGUUUAUCUCAAUCUAGAUAGUAACAAUCUUAUCAAAGUACUAUAUUAAAUGUAUAUUUGAAAUAGCUUGCUUUCAAUAUAUUUGUCUCUUACAUAUUUCUGGCCCCCAAAAACAGCAACAUAUGCCAAGCAUUUUGGGAAGUAUGGGGAGAUGACAGACUAUGUGAUAAUGAAGGAUAAGUUCACCAACCAACCCAGGGGUUUUGGAUUUGUGACGUACGCAGAUCCUUCGGUUGUCGACAAAGUCAUCGAGGACGCUCAUGUCAUCAACGGGAAGCAAGUAAGCUCUAGAUCCUUUUAAGCUGGUUGAAUAGCUUUGAUGAAACCCUGAUAAUAGCUUUGUGGGUGAAAACAUUUCUUCCUAGUUCAUAAUCCGCAGCUCUCAAUUCAUGCUAUUUUCUUUCUAAUUCAUAAUUCGCACCUUAGGGCUUCUCUGCUUCUAUUUGGAAGAGGGAUCAGAUGAGACACAAGGCUUGUGCAUAGUCUCAUGUUUAGUGAGAUUCUGCCAAUAAGGUGGUGGGAAUCAUCCAAAUAUAGUCAAUUCAACCCCCCCCCAGCUGCUCUCACAAAGAGUUCAAUGGAUUUCCCAUCUGCAACCUGAAAAAAAUAAAAUGAAACCAUUAAAUUAGGAAGAAAAUCUCUAGUUGACGGAGUGAAGCACCAUCUCCCGCAAUAGAUUAGUGAAAUCUAUCUGGCAAGUGGGGAUAUAUGCAACUGGGGAAAUUGUUCUGGAAAAAUCCGAUAAUGAAGUGAUAUACAGAGCUACAUAUUUUCAUUUAUUAAAAAAAAAGCAGAAAUAUAGUAUGUUUUUCCGCAAGUCAGCAGGAUACUAUCUGCAGGUGUGAGGCCACGUCAUCUUAUCCAAGUCAAUGAGAAUCGUGCUCUGUAUCUUCCAGGUGGAAAUCAAAAGAACAAUCCCAAAGGAUCCAUCGUCCAAGGAUUUCAAGACCAAGAAAAUCUUCGUCGGGGGCCUCCCACCAACCUACACUGAAGGUACCGUCUAAUCUUCUUGCAUGCUGCUGAAAAUGCCAGAGCCUUAGAAUCCUCCUUCUGAAUGCCCAGAUGAGUUGAAGGGGUUCUUCUCCACGUAUGGCAAGGUGGUGGACCACCAGAUCAUCCGAGACCACCACAGCAACCGGUCUCGAGGCUUCGGCUUCGUCAUCUUUGACUCUGAACAGUCAGUUGAUGAUCUGCUCUCCAAUGGCCAUAUGAUUGAGAUAGCUGGCGCCCAGGUGAGACCCACACACUUUCUCUCUCAUCACCACCCUCUGGGCCUUGAUUCCCUCUCUACCGCCUGCCCGUGGAUGGCGAGGGUCUUAGGGAAUUCAUCACGCAGGUGUGCCCGUAUCUCCUUAAGAGUAGUUUAGUUGUCUUAGGCAAUCUGGUUGGUCUGUAGAGAGGCUAAGCUAGCUUAGAGAGAUUCUCCUAGACUAUAAAUGGGUGGUCCUGAACCGAGCUUCACUGGCUAGUUUUGCAUCUUAUGGGGGACUAGGUUGAUGUUCUUGCUUUGUUGUAGGUGGAGAUCAAGAAGGCAGAACCAAAGAAAUCCUCGAAACAGCCAUCUGGAUAUGGUAGUAACUCUAGGGCUCAUUCCUUUGGUGAGGGCCCUGGUGGGUACGGCAGCUCUUAUAGUGGCUAUGGCGGUGACGAGUACGGCCCCCCUCCUCCCUAUAGGACACCCGGAGGCUUUGGCUCUAGGUUUGGGGGGGGUUAUGGUGGUGGCUAUGGCGGCGGCUAUGGUGGUGGCGGCGCCGGUGAAUAUGGCGGAGGCUAUGGCGGAGGUUAUGGCAGCUUGGGGGGUUACAGAGGGGAGACCUCUCUUGGGUAUUCCGGCCGAUAUGGCGGUGGAUAUGGCGGCGCAUAUGGCGGGGGAUAUGGUGGGGGAAUAGGCGGCUACAGGCGUGAUGAGGGCUUUGGUGGUGCUGGCGGCGGUGACGGCGCUUAUGAAGGUUCUAGCUAUGGCAGUGGUUAUAACUCCCGUCCAGGUGCUGGUGGCUAUGGUUUUGGCCCUCUCUAUGGAGGAGGUAGGGGAGCUUAUGGUAGCAGCAGCACCGCCCGUUACCAUCCUUAUGGAAGAUAG